AUGCAACAGAUCCGAACAACAAGCGAUUUGGAGGUGGCAAGAAUUAUGGAGCGUCGGCCACAGCCGCACAUCUACCGAAACCAUCUCCCUCCACCGCCAUCAACUCCAGUGUCUCCACCUGUGGUAUCUGCUGAGAAAACGGUGGACUGCCACUUGACCAUACGGAAUCCCUACUUCAUGGCAUCAAAUAGUCAUCCAGGAUGUUCUUGUCCUUACCUGAGGAACGAAAAUCACUGGCACAGUCUGGAACAAUGUACUUGUCCCCAUGAGGAUCUUCAUGCACAUUAUGAAACAAAGAACAUUGAGAACAUCAUCGCGAUGCUUCCGAGUCGAGAGACAGAUAUCCUUGACGAUCUUGUUGAUAGUUCAUCUGGUUCUGAAGCAAGUGAUGUUUUGGAGGUGGCGCCUAGACACAUUGUGACAUUGCACAGAGCCUCAGCACUUCUCAAUAAAUUUAAUAAUCAAAGACAGAUCUCCGAUGAGGACGUACCAAUUAGCGCACUAAUUAAGAAGAGCGGGUGGUUAAAUGAUUUCGAGGAGCAAAAGAAAUUGCCGCAAUUAGCUUCUACUUCCGGUGCAGAUGGGUCUACAGAUCAAUCGAGACUGUCAGAAGAGAACUCUCAGCAACAUGUUCCGAAUGGCGUUCCAAAAGUGAAAGAACCUAAUGAUCGCACUGACGUCUCGACCAAUUCCCUGCCAACUUAUGUGCAGCCAAUUUUUAGGGAAGAGACCAAAGAAAACACUGUGAAAGAUGAAGAAUUGUUUAGAAGCAUGCGAUCCCUCACCGAAUCAGGGACAUCCAAUGAGACCGUAGAAGACGUGGAGGAGGAAGCAUCAGUACAAUCUGACACGUCUUUGAUUUGUGACACACCGAAAAUCGAGAUAAAAGAAGACAGUAGAGAGGAGGGCGGAAAUGAAGAUGAAAGGGAAGAAGAACAUGAGGUCAAAAAGGUGGAGAAGGAGGAGGAGAAAAAGAAGGAGGAAGAGGAGGAAGAUGAAAUGACUCCCGAUGAAGCAUUUUACAUGGCAACCGUAGACUCUUCCAAUGAGGACUUUUUGCAGACUGGGGUCCUAGUAGUUGAAGAGAACACACCUCCUGCUCCUUCUGUUCCUCCUCCCCCAUCGACCGGAUCGCCUUCAUCCACCACAGACUUUCCACAAGCACGCAUGGAAGAGGACAAGGAUGAGUUGAAAGUCCAAGAUGGGACAGUUGAAAAAAGGGAGCGUCCGAGUCCACCUCCACAAAUAGAUCCUCAUAUGCGUGCAAGGUGGCGAUGGGCUCUGCUCAGCCAGAAUAGAGAUCUCGUGUUUUCUCAGGACAAUUCGGAUGAAAAAUCGCAAAUAUUCAAUCGUGCUGCCAAAAGUUUUUAUCAGUCAAUUGACAGUGCUCCAGAACGACGUUGGAACAAGCGAACUCUACCACUUGUCAGUGAUUUGGUGCUUCAAACAAUGUCCGCUCAAAAGAGGACAGCCAGUGUCUUACCCGCUAGCAUUGGGCAAAGUACCACACUGAGUGGAGCCGACCUUAAGCUGUUGGUGUACCGAAAGACAUUGAACGCUUUGGCGUAUCCCAUCUCAGGCAACACACCCCAUAACUUUCAGGUGUUCAACGCCACCAGCCCGACCUACUGCUAUGAGUGUGAGGGUCUGCUAUGGGGUGUAGCGCGACAGGGUCUCCGCUGCUCUGAAUGCGGUGUGAAGUGUCAUGAGAAGUGCAAACGUCUUCUCAAUGCUGACUGUCUACAGCGUUCCGCUGAGAAGUCCUCACGACAUGGAGCGGAGGACAAGGCGCAGGCGGCAAUGAAUUCGAUGAGAUCGCUGAUACACCGACGACUGGAAGAACGACCGGACAUAUUCGAAGCGAUUUUCGACGUCUUCGCCAUCGAUUCAGCUGAGGGAACAGCAAGGGCGGAGCGUCUGGAAGAAGUAGAACGAAGCAUUCUCUCUGGCGCCAGUCAGUGGUCUGCCAAACUUGCCAUUACCGUGAAGUCGGCUCAAGGCUUAAUCGGGAAGGACAAAAGUGGUCGCAGCGACCCGUACGUGACCGUUCAGGUGGGCAAGGUCAGGCGCCGGACGAAGACAGUGCCGCAGGAACUUAAUCCCACGUGGGACGAAAAGUUUUACUUCGAAUGUCACAAUGCUUCUGAUCGUAUCAAGGUUCGAAUAUGGGAUGAAGACAACGACUUGAAAUCGAAGAUUCGACAAAAGUUUACUCGUGAAUCAGACGAUUUUUUGGGCCAGGCGAUAAUUGAAGUUCGGACACUGGGUGGCGAGAUGGAUUUAUGGUACAACCUUGAAAAACGGACCGACAAAUCGGCAGUUUCCGGUGCCAUUCGGUUAAACAUCUCCAUCGAAAUCAAAGGUGAAGAAAACUCAGCUCCUUAUCAUAUUCAGUACACCUGUCUUCAUGAAUGCAUGUUCAACUACCUUUGUGACAAAAACCCGCCAGUCUACCUGCCUAGCCAAGCUCCAAAACGCAAAUCUGUAACGGUGAGCUCACUACCUUCUCCAUCCUUUGCGGAUUUGUUGGUCCUUAUUAACUCGCCUUUUGAUUUGAUGCAGGAGGAGUUGUGGCGAGUAUUUUUCGACCCCCUGGGGCAGGAAAUAAGCGACGAGUUUGCCAUGCGAUAUGGCAUCGAAAGUAUCUUCCAGGCUAUGACCCACUUUGCGUGCCUUACAACCAAGUACAAUUGCGUCGGUGUGCCUGCACAGCUGUCGACUCUGUUGGCCAACAUCAACGCCUUCUACGCGCACACCAGCUCGAAUAACAGUCAAACUGCCUCUGAGCGAUUUGCUGCCAGCAAUUUUGGGAGGGAGAAGUUUAUCAAAAUCCUCGACAAUCUGCACAAUGCUCUUCGCAUUGAUCUCUCGAAAUACCGAACCAUGUUUCCUGUUUCACAACCAGAACGGCUUGCAGACAUGAAAUCCACCGUUGACGUUUUAACCAGCAUCACAUUCUUCCGCCUCAAGGUUGAUUCGGUCUGGGUUGGUGGGUUCGCUGGACUUGCAAAAGUUUAA